GUCAUUUCGCUUUACUACUUUAUAAAUCUAGAAGACUCACUUUACCAUAACAGUUGCCGACUCCCAAACCCAUCUCUUAGUUUGUCCGCUUCCAGAAAAUACUCGGAGUUUUUUUCACCCCUUCAACUGGUUUUGCAAGUUCAGUUCUCUUCAGAUUUCUCAUUUUCUUGGUUGAAUUUCAUGGCUAUUGAAGGAAAGAUAAAACUUUUAGACCAUGAAAAAAGUAACUUUUUGGUUCUCAUCUCCUGUCUUUCGUCCAUUUCCAUGUUUGGACCUAUUAGUGGAGGGCAUAAGUAUUCACAAGCUAUUGCUCUGUAUACACAAGUGAUUAAGUUGAACAGUGAGAAAGUGGUGUACUGGGCUAAUCGUGUGUUUGCUCACAUCAAAUUGAAGGAAUAUUGCAGCAUAAUAGAGGACGGAGCUAAAGCUAUUGAAAUUGUCCCCAGAUAUUCAAAGCUGUUUGCAUGGUGUGGAUAUUCUGAAAGCUGAGUAGUGGAGAUAUGUGAUUUAUCAGCCUCUAUGCAAGUGAGAGUUGUCUUUUGAUGGAAUUCUUCCAUCAGGCACUAUCAACGACACUGAUAAGUUCAGAUGUAGGAGUUGGACAAGAUUCCCAGUCUAUGAAACUUAUUUUCGUCGGGAAUCGCCCUUUUAUGCUAGCUCUGUUGGGAGAUAAAUAUGGCGAUUCAGUUGAAGCAUGGGACUGUUUGAAUGAGAAUACAUGAAUAAGUAUGAAGAUAAUACAAAUAUCUGCGAUUUUCCUUUCUUAAUUUGAAGGAAUGAAAAUAUAGAGCCUACAUCUGAUGUGUAAAUUUUAGUGUUGGGCCCGUGCGCAGCACAGGCAUCACCAUCUAGUUAAAAUAUAAAAGGUAUAUUCGAAAUCACAUCAUAUUAUAACGUG